CAUAAUGUCAAUGCCAAUAUUGUCAAUUGUCUGUCCAACGAACGAUCGAUCUGUUUUCCAAAAUUUUGACCUAAUAUAGAAAUAUCUAUUUUUAGUUAAGGAAUAAAGCAAGCUAUAAAAUAAUGGCUAUUUUACAUAGAGCUCUAUUUACAUGGUUUAUUUUCUUGGUUUUUUUAAUACUACUAUGUCUGAGACUAGAAUCAAGGACUCACUGGAAUUGGUUCAUUGUUUUUAUACCGAUGUGGGUUUAUGAUAGUAUUUUAUUAAUAUACGUGUUAUUUCAUAUGAUUUCACACUGUAGGAAUGGUAUAGAAAGAUUUCGUGGGACUAUAAAUAAAAAUGUGUGGUACAUAGCUGCAAUAGGUUUAAAAAUGGCAGCACAAAUUAUAAUAUGCAUCAAAUUAGAAUAUACCAGAGUAAAUCUGCCAAUAUAUGUUGUAAUGACUCCUAUUUGGAUGUUACUACCAGUGCUUUGUGUCGAAGUUUUCAUGCAUUUAAUAAAACAUUCAAGUGGUAGCAGUAGAUACUAAAAUGUGAACAUAUAACCAUGAAAACACUGUUUUCUGCUAUUUUGGACUAUAUAAACUCAACUGAAGGUGAACCAUGUGACAAGGAGUGAUGUAGAUAAUUUUAAACUUGGCACACAUUCAUUGAGGCUGAGUAUGUUUGCACAUGUCAAAUCAUUUGUGGCUGCGUUGUAAUAUUUGGUGAUAUAAUAAUUCCUUUGGAGGUUUAACCAAAAGAGAGCAAUUUUAAAAUGCAUUCAAUGCGUGAUAGUAUUCCAGAGAUAAAACAGUUAACUGUGACUGAGAUUCCAGCUGGUAGUACUGCAGUUCUAAAUUGUCAUAGCAAUGAUGUGGACCACAACUUCAUGUUCUGGCUUUUUAACGGCACAGAUGUAAUUGGUCCUGGCAAUGUGUAUAAUGAACAGAAAUAUAAGUAUGAAGUACUCUCUGGGAAACUGCACAUUCAUGAUGUGUCUGCCAGAGAUUCUGGGUACUACCACUGUAUUUCUAAGAAAGUCAAUGGGAUUGGUUACACUGUGGGGCAAGUGGACAUGAUAGUCAGCGGUUCAGCAUUCACGGCUAUAGAAGCAGUGAAGCUUAUUGCAAUUAUUGUGUCUAUUGUGGUCAUUAUUGGCUGUGCUGUGCUCUAUUAUAACUUGAGAAAAGAUUGGAAGAGAUAUGAAGGCAGAGGAAUUGUGCCAGUGGAUGAUGUAGAUGACGAUGAGGGUGAAGGAGAUGAGAUAUACAACCGUACAACUACCCCAUCACAACCACCACCAAGACAACUAAGCCAGCCAGUUGCAGGCCCAAGUAGGAAUCAAUCUUCUGAACAUCUACUCUAUGGAAUAGACAACCAAGGUUUAGAUACAGACUUUAAUUCAGUGUUCGAAAAUAUACAAAUUAAGUCACCAAAUGCAAGUCUGAUUUAGUUUUAAAAAUUAAGAAAAUUUAUUAUACUUUCAUACUUGUGAUACAUUAAUGAAUACUAAAGUAGAAAAUCAACUUUGUUAAAUUUUCUUAGUCAGAAAAGUCUCAUUUGUAAUUAAGAUAAUUAAUCUAGUUAGUAGUAAGAGUAUACUGUGAAAUAAAAUAUUUUUAUUUUAGUUUAUUAAUGAAUUUAUUUUACUUAUUCUAAAUGAUCAUUUUUAGAAAGUUA